ACGCGAUAUAUUUUGUGUAACUUUUGUCGGUAUCUGUUGUCGGAUUUUUUCUUUUCGGCUGCCAAGCACAAUGAUUGAGUGUAUAAAUCAAUAGACAAAGAAACCAUGAACAGCAUGAGCCGCCAGAGCAUUGCGUCGGCGGCAACAACAGCUGCCGCCGUCUCCAUGUCCGUCUCGAAUGCCACCUCGGUGGGCUCACUUAUAGCAGCCGCCGCUAGCAGCCAGCAACCAACGGCUUCCCACUAUGUGAAUGGAACGGGCAGUUUGGGUCGUCUAAAGUACCAUCACAAGAGUCUCGAUGCCAGUGACGAGGAGCUUGAGUAUGCACAGCUCUCGCGGUCCACGCACAUCUUAGGCCGCUACAAGUCGGAGCGUCUGUUAGCCGGCUCCAAGCCGGACGAGGAUCGGCGACGUCGCACGAUCAUUGUGGAGAAGAGAAACGAUUCGUAUGGCUUCACACUGCAAAGCUAUGGCAUCCACUACAAAUGCGACGAGGAGCUGGAGAUGAUUACGUAUGUGGAUUAUGUGGAAUAUGGUGGACCGGCUUAUCGAGCUGGUAUGCGAGAGGGCGACGUUAUACUCUCCAUCAAUGGCAACGAUAUGGAGAAGGCGGAUCAUAAGACCAUUGUGGAGUUCAUCAAGAAAUGCGACAUGCGCAUGCGUAUGGUUGUGCUCUUCGAGGAUUGUGUGCGGAAGGUUGAUCUGCACAUGCGCUAUAUACAGCUGCAGAGUUUGCUGCAGCAGAAGAUGAACGAGCUGGAGCGUGUGCAUCUGCGCGAGCGGGAGCUGCUGGAGGGCAAGUGGAAGACGCACAGCUUGCCGGCGAGGAAGAAAGCGAAUGCGAAUACCUCGCCGAGUGAUGGAGAAGGCGUCUCUCCAACAGAGGCGAGUGUGAAUGACCCAGGAUUCUAUAGACCCGCCUUGUCCACGGAGGAUGUGGCUAAUAUAGCACUGAGACAGCAGCCCGUUAUAAUUCCUCCACCUGCACAGUUUAUGCUCACGUAUCACUACUUGGAUCCUAGCUAUCGGUAUCGCUAUGUGCUGCCAGGAGGAGGGGCAGCAGCAGCAGCUGGAGAUCAGCACUAUGUGCUGCAACGCACCGAAUCAUUGGAUACGAAUAGCUGCAGUCAGGUAACAGCCAACAGUCAGUACCACAGUGCGAGCGCAGGAGGAGGAGCAGGCGUUGGCGGAGUAGUUGGUGCAGUGAAGCCUCCUGCGCCGCCGCCGCGUACCUGCGAGAAGCACAAGCCACCAUCCAAGGAGAAGACGAAGCAUUGCCAUGGCAAUGGACACUCCUGCAAUCCCUGCCUGGGCCACUUUCGCUGGAAGUCAGCGGAGAAGUCGCACAGCAACGGCGAUAAUGUUAGCCUGGACGCCUACGACCUGGCCAGCCCCUGCUGCGAGACACAGUGCGUGCCAAGGCGUCGUCAUCGCCAGCACAAGGAGCACAAGCACAAGCAUCGAGAGCGGGAGCGGGAGAAGGAAAAGGAGAAAUUGGAGGCUAAAGAGAAGCAGGCAAUCAAGACACAUGCCUCACCUGGCGGUAAUGUAACCAAGCCAGCUGCGUCCGUGGAUCGACAGGCCAAUCAUCAUCAUCAUCACCAUCAUCAUCAUCAUCAUCGACAUGCACAAGAGCAGCAGCAGCAGCAGCACCAACAGCAGCAGCAACAGCAACAGCAGCCGCAGCACCAGCAACCGCAUCAUCACUAUCAUCAGCAGGCGCCUUCUCAAGCGGGCAGCGUUCGCUCUCGCUACUUUGAUUUGGCCUCUGGAUUAGCUAGCCAUUGCAGUCUGCACUCCUGCACCUCUAGUGAGUUUGCUCCCGCUGACUCGGCGUCCUAUACCACCUCCAUUAGCACGGAUACGCUAUUCUGGGAGCCCAAAAGCGAGGCUGCACAGUCUUCCAGGCAGCACUCAACCAAGUCGAGGCAAUCUUAUGAACAGCAUCCACAGCAGCAGCAGCAGCAGCAGCAACAGCAACAGCAACCCCAGCUCCAUGGACAUCAUCAUCAUCAUCCUCAUUAUCAUGUAACAGCCACUCAAGUGCAGCCCUCACAGAUCUAUCCGAAUACCAUUGCCUAUGUGCAAAAGCCCAAGUCCUGGGAUAAUCUAGCAACCAAGUCACUUGUCGGCCAAAGCUUUAACUAUGGCUAUUUGGAUACAGUUGCCAUGAAGCCUCCGGUCAAGCUGCAGAUAGCACAACAACGGCAUUCCAUGCCUAGACGCAAUCCAUAUGGCCGCUAUUCCACCUAUGGUGAUGUAGAGAACUAUGCGCCGCCUCCUACCGAAUUUGUGGGUGAACUAACAACCACAACGACAACCACCAUAACAGCCAAAUCCACAGAGGAGCUCCUGGCAGCCUGCGAUUGUCUGACACCGCAGCAACAGCAGGCGCUAAAAGCGGCGCAAUAUCAGCUCAGUCAGACACAGAAGCUAUCUCAUCAAAACUCCUGUCAGUUGGGCUACUAUUCGCAUCUGCCCAGGGCAACCAAGGAUGUGGGCAGCUCCACAGGACAGCAGCCGCCAUCAAACAAUGGUUGCGACGUUGCCACCGUGUCGGAAGCAACGCGCUUGUAGAAAUCAUUUGACUAAGAACUCGUGCAACUAAACAAUAACCGUCUUCAUAAAAAGAAAGAAAUGCACUCUACGAAGUCCAAAACAACAUUUAAAACAGUUAAAUGAUCAUGAAAUCCUAAACACAUUUCCAUUUAAAGUCUUAACAGAGUGCAUUACUAUUGGGGGGUCUACACACGAAACAUCGAAAUAUCGAAAAUCAUGCAGCCAAAUUUUAAUUAAUUUAAAUUUAAAAAAAACAAAUGAAAACAUAUGCAUAUACCAUUGGAGGCGACACACUUACAGGCUAUAUCGAGCCAACAUCUAGUUCAACUAAGCAAAACCCGUCUUUCAUGCAGCCAUCCAACAUAAAUGCACUCCAACCAAAGUGUUUUAUUCGUUAAUAGUCUGGCAACGUUGGAAUGCAUUUAUUUUUGGGGC